AUGUUGCCAGUUCAAAUUCUGAAAGACAGUGCUCACGAGGAACGUGGUGAGAGUGCCCGUCUCAGUUCAUUCGUUGGUGCAAUCGCCAUCGGUGACCUCGUCAAAUCAACCUUGGGACCAAAAGGAAUGGACAAAAUCUUGAUCUCCGGAAUGGACGGACAAGGAAUCAAAGUUACCAAUGAUGGUGCCACUAUUCUCAAAUCGAUUGGUGUUGAUAAUCCAGCUGCUAAAGUGUUGGUUGAUAUGUCGAUGACACAAGAUAAUGAAGUUGGAGAUGGCACAACAUCAGUCACAGUUUUAGCCGCCGAAUUAUUGAAGGAGGCUGAGAAGUUGGUGAAUCAACGAAUUCAUCCACAAACUAUUAUCUCUGGUUAUCGCAGAGCUCUUGGAAUCGCUCAACAAGCUUUGAAAAAUUCCAGCAAUGCUUCAGGGUGAGUUCAGAUUUUGUCAGAAUAUUCAAAAAUAAUUCCAAUAAUUUUUUUAGCGAUCAAAUCCGUGAAGACUUGUUGAAAAUCGCUCGCACCACCUUGGGCUCAAAGAUUCUCAGCCAACACAAAGAGCAUUUCGCGCAACUCGCCGUCGACGCAGUUUUGAGACUCAAAGGUUCAGCAAACUUGGAUGCUAUUCAAAUUAUCAAGAAAUUGGGAGGAUCAAUGAACGAGUCUUAUUUGGAUGAUGGAUUUUUGUUGGAAAAAUUGCCGGGAAUGUUCCAACCACGUCGUGUUGAGAAGGCAAAAGUUUUGAUCGCCAACACACCUAUGGAUACUGAUAAAGUCAAAGUUUUCGGUUCGAGAGUUCGAGUUGAUGGAGUUGCAAAAGUUGCUGAACUUGAAGCCGCUGAAAAAUUAAAAAUGAAAGAGAAAGUUGAUAAAAUCUUGGCGCAUAAUUGCAAUGUUUUCAUCAAUCGUCAAUUGAUUUAUAAUUAUCCUGAACAAUUGUUCGCUGAUGCUAAAGUUAUGGCUAUUGAACAUGCUGAUUUUGAAGGAAUUGAGAGAUUAGCCUUGGUUCUUGGUGGUGAAAUUGUUUCAACUUUCGAUUCACCAGCCACUGCCAAAUUCGGAGCUUGUGAUUUGAUUGAAGAAAUCAUGAUCGGAGAAGACAGACUUUUACGAUUCUCCGGUGUCCAACUCGGAGAAGCCUGCUCAGUUGUGCUCCGCGGAGCAACUCAACAAAUCCUCGAAGAAGCCGAGCGAUCCCUCCAUGAUGCAUUGUGUGUCCUCGUCACUCACGUGAAAGAAGCCAAAACUGUCGCUGGAGCUGGAGCGAGUGAGAUUUUGAUGAGCGCCGCUGUCGCUGCGGAAGCUCUCAAAGUUGGAGGCAAAGAAUCGCUUGCAGUUGAAGCGUUCGGAAGAGCUCUCCAACAAUUGCCGACUAUUAUUUGCGAUAAUGCUGGUUUGGAUUCGGCUGAAUUGGUAACACGUUUGAGAGCUGAACAUGCUCAAGGAAAUCAUCGAAUGGGAAUUGGUAGGUUUUGGAAAUUUUCAUUUUUUUUGAAAUUUCUAAUGGUUUUCUUGAUUUUUUUUUUGAAAUAUAUGUCUUCUAGUAGUUUUCGACCCUUGUCAAAAACUGCAAAACUCAACUCCUAACAUGAGCUAUGACGUGGCGGACUUCUGGAGUUCGCUUUCAAAAUGGUCUGAUAGCAUCGCGUUGUUCAGUAGGCUCUUUUACAUAAGGCCGAGAGUUUUUCUGUCCUCCCGAACAACAAGAUUCUCAUGAAAAUCAUUUUGAAAGCGAUUUUUGACCUUCGAAAGUCCCAACUUUGCCACGUCAUAACUCAUGUUAGGAGUUGAGAUUUGCAGUUUUUGACAACGGAAUCGUGAUUAGAAGGUGGAAAACUACUAGAUCUCAUUAAAAAUCUUGAUUGCAACUUCCAACCAAAAGAAAAAUCCAAUAAUCUUUCAGACAUUGAAAAAGGCGAAAUCACCGACGUCGUCGCUCUCGGCGUCAUCGAAUCCUACAACGUGAAAUUGUGUAUGGUCUCAUCGGCCGCCGAAGCAACCGAACAAAUUCUUCGCGUCGAUGAUAUCAUCAAAGCGGCGCCACGUCAAAGAGCACAAGAUAAUCGACCAUGCUAA